CAAUGAAUUCUGCCUCUUGUUCAAUGACCAAUCCCACUUCCUUCUUGGCACCAGUGCAACCUAGUGAUGAGAAGACCACUCAGCGAGAAAUAUGGAAUAUCCCUUUAACUUACUUCUUUGAGAACACAGGGUGGAAAUCUGUUAUGUAUAUGGCAGACCAAUGGAGUAUUAGUAUUGACAUGAGGAUCCCUAAUUCUUCUAUUAUAAUAAAGACAUUUACUCUGCUAGAGGGUGCCAAGUUCAAAGAGGUCAGCUUCUUUUUCACAAGUAAUGCGCUGUUCAAAGAAUCUCUUGUGUGCUUUCUAGAUCAAGAUAUUAAAAUAGAUAAUCUGAUCUUGAUUAUGUCUGAAAUAAAGUUAUUAAAAUAUAACUUUUAUUGCUUGAUCAGAAAUGCUCAUAAGAUUAAAGGCUCCAUAACCUUUGCUGGUGUUGAGUUUGGAAAAAGGCAGCUUUCUCUUCUGUUGCACGCUUUUAGACAUGUUCCAGAGAUAAAUAUGAGCAAAUGAUCGCUGCAUUCAAGUUGUGAGGAGAUGAUUAGAAUCGAUCCAUUCUCAAUAUUCUGAUUUAAAAUACUUGAUCUUAAAUUUACAAAAGGAUCAAAGGAAAGCCUUCACAGUUUGAUACAGUCAAUGGCAAUAAAUCCUACAAUCACAGAUAACUUGGAGAAAAUUCAUUAUAAUGAAGGAAUAAUGGGCAAUAAGCAAGGACAAGGAUACUCUAAAGAUAGCAUAAAGAGCCUCCUCGCAAAAUAUGGUUACAAGGCAAAAGUAAGGGGACUUAAAGCAAUUCGUUACAAAUAA